CAUCUCAUUUAUAUCCCUCCACCUGGGUUUCCUCCAACCUCCAUGUUCUUCUCUCCUCCUCCAUCUUCUUCUUCUUCUCUCAUUUUGCAUCUAUCCAUCUCCAUUGACCACCUCACAUGUCUUCUGUCCCCUCAUACUGAUCCAAUCCUAAGAUACCAACCCAUCAAAGUUCUUGUCCCAUUUCGAUAUCCAUUUCAUUUUAUUCUUUCUUCCCCAUGGAUUUUGAAGGCAGCAGCCUCAGGAUCCGGUUCACCGAGGCAGUCUCAUCCUCUCCGUUGGGGAGUUCAGUCCCGCAGACCAACUUCCAUUCCGGCGCCGACACGAGCUUCCCUAUCCUAGUGAUCGCCAUAAUCGGGAUUGUGGCGACAAUCUUUUUGCUGGUCAGUUACUACAUUUUCGUGAUAAAAUGCUGCCUGAACUGGCACCGGAUCGACAUCCUGAGCCGGUUUUCGCUCUCUCGGAGGCGUAGAGACAAUGAGCAGUUGCUUGUGUAUUCCCAGACGGAGGAGCCUCGGGGGCUCGACGAGGCGAUAAUCAGAUCGAUCCCAAUAUUCCAGUACAAGAGCAGGGGAAAACAGAGCAGGGAUUUCGACCAGAGGAGCUACUGCGAAUGCGCGGUUUGCCUGAAUGAGUUCCAGGAAGACGAGAAGCUGCGGAUAAUCCCGAGCUGCAGCCACGUGUUCCACAUUGACUGCAUCGACAUUUGGCUCCAGAAUAAUGCCAACUGCCCGCUCUGCAGGACGAGCGUCUCGGCCCGCCCCACGGCAGCCAGCGCGUACGACCUGGUAGAGGCCCGAAUCGUCACCCCGAGCCCAUCUCCCCAGGACCCUGCCCCGGGGCAGCCUGUCAUUCACAGCGAUGAGGACUACGUCGUGAUAGAAUUGGGAAGUCUAAGUUCCCAGCCUACCGAACUGCAGUCAGGAUCGGGAGAACCAUCGAGCAACCCGACUAAUAUUAACGCCCCCUCCCCAAAGAAACUGGACACUCGAGUUCCCAAGAAGGGCAGGAAGUUGCCCAAAGGAAGCAGCAUGGGAGAUGAGUUUAUUAAUACUAGAGGAUUGGGGUUAUGCUACGACGAUAAGCACUUCGAGCCGAUUCAGCCCAUCAGGAGGUCGAUCUCGAUGGACUCUGCUGCCGACCGGCACUUGCUUCUCGCAGUUCGGGAGAUUCUGCAGCAGAAGAGGGAAGAGAAAGAGCAGCAGAGCUUGAAUUCAAUGAGUUUCAGUCCAAUUGAUCAGAGAAGCUGCAGCAGCGGCAGCAGCAGUAGAUUUAGGAAGACAUUCUUUUCCUUUGGGCAUGGAAGAGCCUCCAGAAGUGCAGUCCAGCCGGUUUGUUUGGGGCCAUAAGUUUGUUAGGAAGUAUACGUUCUUUUCCCCCUUUUUUGACUUUUUUUUUUAAUUUCUAUUUACUUUGAUUUCUUAUUAAGGGUUAAUUUUUUGUUUCACAACUUUGUGAUGAUAGAAGUUAAUUUAAUUUGUAUCAAAAGAAAGCGUUAGGAUUUGAUUUGUAGCAUUUAAAUUGAAAAAGGUACCAAUUCGUUAGAACAACAAUAAAACAAUUCAUUGCUGGUCA